AUGGGCCGCUCCGACAUUGAAUUCAAGACCAUCGACCAUGUCACUUUGCGAGGCUGGAUCUAUAAGCCGACCGAUGCAACAGGAAAAUAUCCCUGUCUCAUAAUUUCUCAUGGCCUGACUUGCCUCAAAGAGAUGGGCCUGGACACUCUGGCCGAACGUCUGACCUCCGUCCUUCCAAUCGCAUGUCUGGUGUAUGAUCACCGUGGCUAUGGCGCUAGCGAUCAGAAGGACAAUGAACCUCGUAACGAGAUCGUCCCGACGUACCAGAACAGCGAUUUGCAAGACGCCAUCACCUAUGCUCAGUCUCGUGAAGAUAUUGAUGCGUCAAAGAUCGGCCUCUGGGGCUACUCCUACAGUGGCGGUCAUUCACUCUGGGUUGCUGCAAUCGAUCGUCGUGUCAAGACAGUAAUCGCUGUGGCAACUUUCACCACAGGCGACCUCCUUGCAAACAACAUGAGGACAGAUUUUGAGGAUUCUGUGGUCGAAAUGCUUUCUCAAGGUAUGUUGUCCAGAUUUGAAGGAUCUCGCAGGCUGAUCUUCUGCNNAGAACGCCUAUCACGUGCUGCAGGCAAUGAGCCUGGAAGGAUGCCUGUCAUAGUGAAGAACCCACUGGACACAGCCGCGCUACCUCACGUCGAGAGCUAUGCAUUCUUUUCUCCUUGGGUUGAGAAGGGUGUCUGGAAAAAUGAUUUGACAAUCAGAAGGCAAGUGCCCAAGAAGGAUGUCGUUGCAAGCACUGAAUUGAUGCUCGAAGCGUACAGCCGUGCGUCUGAGCCUAAGGAAAUUCAAAUUCUGCCUGGUGGACAUUUCAGCAUGUUUGAGGGUGAUGAAUUUGAGAUGAUGCUUACCAAAGAGAUUGAGUUUUUGAAGAGGACAUUGCUCGAGUAA